UUGUUCUGACGUCAGCCAUUUCGCCUAUUCCAGUUUCGAAGAUCGUAAAAAUGGUAACAGAAAGUGAUUCAGUCGUGUAGGAGUUAUCGUGGCGAGCUGUCGGGCGAGACUGUCUCGGCGGCGCGGCGUUAAACGCGCGUGACGCGAUUGUCUUUUAGGGCCCACGUGUUUUGCGUACCGGUGUACGCGAUCGAUUUUUAGCGGAAUGGGUGAAGAAUCUCAGGCCGGAGACGGAAAAGUGGUUUUAAAACGUAAAAUAACUUUAUUCAAUGGAGUGGGAAUUAUAAUUGGAACUAUUAUUGGUUCCGGCAUUUUUAUUUCUCCAACUGGAGUUUUCAAGUACACUGGAUCAGUUGCGGUGUCACUAAUAAUUUGGCUUCUAUCUGGCCUACUAUCCACAUUGGGCGCUCUCUGUUAUGCAGAGCUCGGUACAUCCAUCACCCGAUCGGGCGGUGACUAUGCCUACAUCUACACAGCCUUUGGACCUCUACCGGCAUUUCUGAGGUUAUGGAUCGCCUUGCUCAUCAUCAGACCUACAACACAGGCUAUCGUGGCUCUUACCUUUGGCCACUAUGUCGUGAAGCCUUUCUUUUCCGAUUGUGAUCCUCCACAGAACGCUGUGAAGCUUCUAGCUGCUGUUUGCUUAUGUAUCCUUACUGCCGUGAACUGCAUCAGUGUGCGAUGGACGAUGCGGAUCCAAGAUAUCUUCACCACCUCCAAGCUACUAGCCUUAAUCGUCAUCAUCAUCUCUGGCAUAUAUUACAUAUGUAUUGGUCACACGGAAAACUUCGAAAAUUCAUUCGAAGGAUCAUAUAACGUCGGAGAUGUCGCUAUAGCCUUCUACUCGGGCUUAUUUGCUUUCGGUGGCUGGAAUUACCUCAAUUUUGUCACUGAAGAGUUGCAGGAUCCUUACAAAAAUUUGCCGCGCGCAAUAUGGAUUGCUAUGCCCAUGGUGACGAUUAUCUACGUAAUGGCCAACUUGGCCUACUUCGCAGUUGUCUCUAAGACGGAACUUAUGGCAAACCCUGCAGUUGCCGCUAUUUUUGGUGACCGUCUAUUUGGCGGAUGGAGUUGGUUGAUUCCAGUGUUUGUUGCACUCUCGACCUUCGGCGGGGUGAAUGGAGUUCUAUUCACAUCAGCACGAUUAUUCGCCACUGGCGCACAAGAAGGCCAUAUGCCUGCCUUCUUUUCUCUCUUCCACGUAGAGAAACAAACACCUAUACCAUCGCUUAUAUUCACAUGUUUCUUCUCGCUGCUCAUGUUGACAACUAGCAACGUGUUCGACCUUAUCAAUUACUUUUCCCAAACGCUUUGGUUGUCGGUUGGCAUUUCGAUAGUGGGAAUGCUAUGGCUGCGGCGGAUAAAACCAGACAUACCGCGCCCGAUCAAAGUCAACCUAAUAAUUCCAUACACUUUCCUAAUUGCCAUCGCCUGUUUAGUCAUCAUUCCUGCCAUACAACAGCCUAAGGAUACUGCUAUUGGCCUCGGAAUACUCUUCUCAGGCGUGCCCGUGUACUAUAUUUGUGUUAAAUGGCAGACUAAGCCAGACGGCUAUCACGUCUUCUCAGCUUGCAUAUUACGGUUCCUACAAAAACUUUGUUCAUGUAUUUUCGUUGAGUCAUCGGAAAAAAUGUCAGACUAAAAAUACAUGAAUUUAACUUGUAUAUUAUGAAAUGUUGACUAUUUAAUGGACCAAUCUAUAAUUCGCUUUGACAGUAGUACAUAUUCGAAUGUUAUUAGUAGGUAUAUGUAAUGUAUCUAUGUAAUUGGUAUGUAAAUGAGCUUGUCAACGUUCCUUUUGUUACCCAUAUACUUUGUAUGUGGGUAAAGCUAGAAAAAUUGUAUUUUGAUAUCAUUUUUACAACUUCGAGAUUUACAGAACUGUUUUUUUAAACUGUAUACAAAAAUUUGCUGUAUAAGUUAUUGUCUGAAUAGUUUUUACAAAAUUUAUUAUGACUGAAUCAUAUUUUCAAUAAGAAAUGCACGAGAUGCAAAUCAAAAUAACUUUUAAGCUUCCAUGUUUAUUUCAUUAGGGUGCAAUUUGAUCGUUAGUAUAUAAUACAUAAUUAUUUAUUACUUAACAACUAUUCAGUAUUCUUGAAAGAUCUUAUGAAUGAGAUGCUUGUUUCGUAUAAAUUUUAUACGUUUUAGAUCCUGCACAAAUCAUAAUGAUUAUUACUUUAUAUUUAUACUGUUUUGAAAUGAGUGUUCGUAUAUAUCACAUACCAGGCUUCUUACUGUGAACUUAAUCAUGGUUUUUGGACCGUCAAAAAGAGGCCGCAAUAGUCAACAUUAUCUUGUAGUAAUUUAUAGCAACUUGAUGGUAAGGCACUAUGUACGAACACCCCUUUGAACAGCCAAAUCACUUAGGCCGACUCCGCAUUUAUUUUGGCAGCUUUAUUCCAGUAAUAAAUGCGUCGUAUGUUGACAGACGUUGGUACCACAUGAAUGUAUAUCAUAUAUUUAGAUCCGUCUUGAGAAAUGUCGUUUGAUAUAAUAUGCUGAUGGGAAUAAAAAUUUGUGUUCGCCGUAAUGUGUAGACUUAGAGUCUACACAUUACGGUGUAUUUUUUAAGCGCGGACGACGCGCGUUUCGUGAGCGCGAGUUUACGGUUUAAUAAAAACAUAUGAAAAUGUUUAUUGGUUACGUAUGCGACUGAAUCUCGUUUGAAUAACGUUAACGCGCGUCAUCUGCGCGUCCUGUCCGCGCGUAAAAAGUACGUCGUGUGCAUAGGCUUUUAGCUUUAGAAUAACUGUAUCGUGAUACGUACAUAAACGUAGUUGCUUCUCAAACUUUGCUCUCUAUACACAUAUUUAUUGCAAAUCUUAGUAAUGUAUAAAAAAUCUUAAUAGGUAUUAAGUAUAUAGGUACAUUAUUAUAACAAUGUAUAUUCACAAUCAAUGCAUUCCCAUUUGCUGCUGUAUGAGAUCUUUAAGGUGAUAUUAUCUUAUUUUGUAUAAAUGUUAACUUUGAUGCAGGUGUUUGACAAAGGUGUAUUACAAUAAUUUUUAUUUUAUACAAUUUACUGCAAACUUUGUAAACGUUGGACUGAUUUAUUACACUCUAUGUGUUCUUUACCGCAUUGUAAAUGUUUACAAGUAGAAUUAUUUAAAUCAUCUUUUAACGAACUUAACGUCUUCUAAUGACAAUAUUUCAGGGUCCAAAAGAACUUUGUUUGUUUACUUUCGACCUCUGUUGUUCUUAGUUUGAAACAUUGGAAUUCGAAACGUGAGCUUUGUAUUGAUGGACGAAGAAGUGUGCGAGCGAGUCUGGAAUCUUACUGUACCUUAUUAUGGGACCUAC